UUUUGAUAAUGCACGUUGACAAGUAGCGACUGAACUUCAGUUGGCAGCACUCUUAUCAAUGUUCGUGUCAGCCGGCCGGAAUUUAACAAGAAUCUUUCGUUAUCGCAGCAUAUCAACUACCUGCGCCAGAAUGGCAAGUGAGGUAGAGAAGGCGCAGAGCGCAGCGGCAUCCGAAGACACUAUUUUUGGCAAGAUUUUACGCAAGGAGAUUCCAUGCAAAUUUAUCUACGAAGACGAGAAGUGUGUGGCAUUUAAUGAUGUUGCGCCCCAGGCGCCCACCCAUUUUCUGGUUAUACCGCGCAAGCCAAUUGCGCAGCUUUCUACGGCCGAGGAUGGAGACGCCGAUCUCUUGGGCCAUCUGAUGCUGGUGGGCCGCAAAGUGGCCAAGGAACUGGGUCUGGAGAAGGGCUACCGCGUGGUCAUCAAUAACGGACAACAUGGCGCCCAGUCCGUUUACCAUUUACAUUUGCACUUCCUGGGCGGCCGCCAAAUGCAGUGGCCACCUGGCUAGGAGCUGCCUUAAAGCGAACAAGAUAAACGAUUUAAAAAAAUAAAUACACCUUAUUAAAACUAAAAAA